UUCUGACUGAAAGAGGUGUGAUUUAAAAAUGGAAAUUUCCAUGUUAAUGUCUUGUUAACGUUCAGUAUUUCACACAUCACAGAUAAUUUAUUCUUAAAUCAGUUCCGAUGUGCAUCAGCAUAGUUUUAAGCUACAUUAUUCACAGUCUGCAUUAGCGGAUAUUUAGUUAAUAGUAAAAAACAACCUUAGUUCAGCAUAUGCUGGCCCAUCAACUGGAUAACAUCACUUGUCCUAAUUCACAUUAACAUUCUGCGAGCUCAACCUCUUAAUGUUCCUGUAAACGCCAGCAUCAUUGUGAGAACUGUUAUUUAAAUUAGCAAUUUUUUUUGAUGAGGCUUGCUGUUUCGAUAGCCUGCAUUCCAGAUCUUAAGAGAUCUUUCAAGUCAUGUAGGUUCAUCUAAAAAAUUUUAAACACCAACUGGAGUAAUGCACAACAAUCGUUCUUCAGCUCUUCCAGGAAUGUGGAAGAACCUGCUUACAGUGUCCGUUUCUGAGAGGUUAAGCAAUAGUUCAGAAGUGUAGUACAUAUUUCUCAUUUAGAUUUUCUAAGCUCCGCCAUUCUCUGUAGUCACAGUUGCUGCACACAUUCUCUGUAAUGUGUUUUUGCAUUUCAUGAAUUCUGUUGUUGUCUUUAUUUAAAUUCUCAUCAUUUGCUCCAAUGAUGCAAGGUCUUCCCUAAACCAUUCUAAGAAAUGACCAGACAUCAGUGUUCUCAUCUGUCAUGCAUUCAGGGGGAGGGCGUUUUUAGACUGAUGAACAAUGUUGAUAAAGAGAAGCCAAGGUGGUUGUUGUAUAAUAGUUAAGAAUCUGGACACGUAUGUAUGAAAUUUCUCUUGACUCUCAAUUUUGUAUCAUUUUAUCAACGUUGAUCAUCGUUUAUCUUUGUUGGAAAGUGUGUGUCUCCACCUCUUUGCUGCUAUAUUGUUACUCCUAAUCAGGUUAGGAUACCUCUCUAGCAAUCUUAAAUAAUUUAGAAGCUGAGUACUGAUCUUAACACUUAGGAACCUUUCUAAUCAAACUUUAAGCAAUAAAAUCACUUAUUAUCACACUUUUUUAGCAAUAAGAGUAAAAUUACAUUGGUUUUAGAAUCUUGACACACUUGAGACAAUAACAUUUUACUCUGAGCUGCUUUAUACAUAUGGCCCCUGGUCUGUUAAUGCAAAGGUUUCAGGUUCAGAUCCUAAUAAUUUUACCUACAGUAGAUCACAGUUCCAUCACUAUGUGCCCUACAGCCUGAGCUGCUCAUCCUCACACCGUAGUGAACUUCAGCAUGACUGUAAUUGUUAAGAACCACUGCACUAUAGCAUCGUGAAAAAAAUCCAUCUAUUGAUAUGUUGUCCUUCUAAAUAUUCAAAAAAUAACCAAUGUAUAUAUUUAUAUAUUUGUAAUCUUUUCGAAUCUCACUGUGAAAUUGAAUACGAGGCUACUAAUUGUAGAUGUUUAAAUUGGAAGAAUUACAUCCAGAAUCAGCAAGUUGGAAUUUGAGCAUAUGAGCCUCAAACUACAGCUACUUUGUGUGUGUGUGUGUGUGUGUGUGCGCACAUCCAAAAUUUGUUGUGUUCUGUUGACUGAUGAAAGGAAAUUAUUAAUAAAUGUAUUCCUGCAGGUAUUCUGUUCCGGCCAAUACACAUAGCACACUGUAGUGUACAUCUGUCCAGAUCGAUGAAUAUUGUACCUAUGACAGUCCAUAAAACGUAAGAGAUCAGAGGGUCUUAGGUGCACCCCAUUUGUCUCACUUUGUCAUUGUUUCAACAGCAGAACAGAACACCGUGUUCCUGAACACUCAUAUUGUAAGCUGGACUGCAGACAAAGACCGCGCAUACACACACACAUUAUUAUCUUACAUCAAGGAAACAAAUUCAAAGUUGAGUGAAGGUGAGCUAUGUUUAGUUGUAUGUGUCUUUUGUUGUUGUUGUGGGUGGGGGGUGGUACAGUAGAUAUGCAUGAGAGGUGUGUGUUAUGUGUGUUCAUAUGUAGUGGUUGCAGUCUGGCCAGUUUUAAAUCACUCUCACAGACUAAACUGCCCAGUUUUUCAUACGCAGGCCUGACUGAAGAAGAGGAGCUUGCCAUGUCCAGUGAUGUUAACAGGGAGGCUGUGUUCCAGGCGACAAAGGUUCGAACCCAUUUGAAAAAAGAUGGAAGCUGGAUCAACAGAUCUCAAAAUGUUGAGGACACACAGUCCGAUGUAAAAGCAAGUAAACAAAUAAAGUUAGGAAAACCCAAUAACAUGUCAUCACUUGAAAGCAGUUCGGUCUCUUCCUCCAUCAUGCCACGUGCAGAGAGUACCGCUCCCUCCUCCGGCCUUGACUCAUCCACACCCCCACAAAGCUCUAAUGUCAUGUCAGCAUUAAGGAAAUUUGAUGCACAUCCUGUCCUUGAGGACUCCAGGAGAGCACAUGUAGGAAAAGCAGUGGAGACAUCCAUAGUCAAAGCUACAGAGCAACCACUAAAGACACCAGCAGAUGCUUCUGUAAAGGAAAUAGUGAAAAAACCAGUCACUAUACCUGUAGAGGAACCAUUGAAGACACAUGCAGACACUCCUAAAACAGACGUAGUGAAGAAACCUGUUGAAGAACCAUUGAAGACACCUACAGAUGUUCCUGUAAAAAACAUAGUGGAGAAACCUGCAGAGAAAUCACUGAAGACACGCACAGAGACUGUAGAGGGAACAAGGAAGACACCUGUAGAUGGAGCUUCAACAGAUCAAACACAAUCUAAUGGAGUGCUGCAGGAGAAAACAGCCAAAACCCUUCAUGAGAACCCAACAAAGCCUUCAGGAACACUGACUACAAAGAAUAAAGAAGAUGAUACAGCUGAACAAGUCUCAAUAGCACAUGCAACUGUAGUAGAGGCUUUACUCGAACCCAGACCGGCCGAAAACCAGCCUACAAGUGAAAAGGGGGAACUUUCACUAGUAUCUGCUCUGGAAACUCCAACUAAAGAAUCAUCAACUAGAUCAACUACAGAACCGACCAAAGAACCCCGUGUGACAGCCCUGGAAGAGAACCACAGACUGAACAGUCAAGCUAAACUGAAGUAAGUCACUUAAAAGACACAUUUAUAUAGAUAUGUCUGUGGACUUCUUUGAGUAGGUGUUAUGCUAUUUUGAUUUAAUUAAUUUCUAUAGAAAUAACAUAAAAAUUUGUAAUUAAAGGACUCACAAAAUUUUAACUCAGUAAGUAUAUAGUUUAUAAGCUAAAUUCAGUUAUGCAAACACAGAAACAUCAACACUGUAAAAUUAAGUCUGACCUGUCUGUAUUACUAAAUACCUUCAUUUAUUUUUACAAUAAAGCACACAGUUCCAUUCUUAAUAAGUCGUAUGUGUAUCUG